AUGUCGUUUUCAUCCGUUUCAUCAAAACCUUUUGAAAACGUUGAUAAUGAUGAUCAUAAUGACGAUAAUCAAUAUAAUGAAAUAGUUGACAAGUCAGAUGAAAGUAAUGAUGAACCACUUGAUCCUCGUAUACAAAUUGAAUUAGAACGUGCUAAUGCUGCAACAAGUGAAAUAAAUAAUCUUGAAACACAACUAGACGAAGCUCAACAAAUAUUUCAAACGGGCUUUUCAAAUUGUAAACAAUGUUUAGCUAUUCUUGCAAAGAAACUUGGGAGUUGUGUUGACCGUGCACGACCGUUUUUUGAAGCAUGUAAACAAGCUGAAGAAGCACAAUUAGAAACUCAAAAAGCAGCACAAGAAUAUCAACGUUCUGUUGAAGUUUAUCGUGUUGCAAAAGAAACAUUAAGUUUAGCUGAAAGCAAAUUAUUAAAAACAGAUCAACGUGUAUUUGAUGCUGCAUGGCAAGAAUAUGUUAAUCAUGCAACAAUGAAAGUUAUGCAAGCUGAGCAAGAUAAAACACGUAGUGAACGAACACAUGAAGAAAAAUCGAAACUUUAUAUUGAAUGUGAACAACAACGAGUAACACUACAACGAACAUUAAAGAGAUCAAUUACUAAAGCGAAACCAUAUUUUGAAGCAAAAGCACGUGCUGAAGAUGAAUUACAAAACCAGAAAAUUCGAAUUGAAGCUGUACAAAAAGCAAUAAGUCAAGCAAAAAAAAUGUAUCGUACUGCUUUAAAUAAUCUCGAACGAAUAUCCGAAGAAAUUCAUUUAAAACGUAAAAGUCAAUUAUCAAUUAAACUACCACCUCGUGAACCAGGUGUUGGUUCUGAUAGACCCGAUGAAUUUAUUGAACUACCAGAUCUUGAAUUAACCGAAUUUCCAAAAAUUGAUCCAUCUGAUGAUGACGAUGAUGAUGAAGACGAAGACGACGAUGAAAUAAAAAAAGUAAAUCGAGAUGAAAAUCUUUCGAAUUCUAUAAGCUCAAUAUCAAUGGAUGGAUGUUCAUUAAAUAAUACAACGAAUAAUAAUAAUUUAUCCGGUAUGUCAAAUAUUCAACAAACAAGUGAUUAUGAAUCAUUUGCUGAUUGUAUGCGUCAAUCGCCUGUGAUUGCUACUGCUGCUAAUGCUAAUCUAGCUAAACCUUUGACAAAUAUCAAUUUUGACAAUCACUUUAGUAUCCAAUCAUCAGUACGAGUAAAUGGUGAAGGUUUAUCAUUAUCAAAUGAUCAACAACAAC